AUUCCUUGGCUCACCUCCCUCUCAGGCAACCAUACCAACCUAUUAGCGCUUCCCAACACACAGAGAGAGAGAGAGAGAGAAGGGAAGAGUUUCCAUCUCUGGUUGUUUCUUCUCUGCAGUUCCACAAUUCUAGUUUACAUGCUUGAGUGUUGAAAAAAAGAAAAGAAUUCUGGGUUGUCUGUUGGAUUUACAGGGGAUUUGUGCGUGCUGCAUUUUUGGGUGGUACAAUGGAUGGUGUUGAUCUCUACAAAGUAAGUAGUUUGCGUAGAAACAAUUCUGUUUGGAGGAGCGAUGCAGUCGAAGUAUUCUCCAGAUCUUCUCGAGAAGAAGAUGACGAAGAAGCUCUUAAAUGGGCUGCUCUUGAGAAACUGCCCACUUAUGAUCGUAUCAGGAAAGGUAUCCUCACUGGGGUGGGAAGCCAACCCACUGAGGUUGACAUUGGAAACCUUGGAUUCCAAGAGAAGAAGAACUUAAUAGAGAGAUUGGUCAGAGUUGCAGAGGAGGAUAAUGAAAAAUUCUUGCUGAAACUCAAGAAUCGCAUUGAAAGAGUUGGAAUUGAUCUUCCCACUAUUGAAGUCCGCUUUGAGCAUCUUAACAUUAAUGCAGAUGCUUAUGUAGGAAGCAGAGCUCUGCCUACAAUAUUCAACUUCACUGCAAAUAUUGUUGAGGGAAUCUUGAACUUUCUACACAUUCUUCCAAGUAGAAAGAAACCGCUAUGUAUCCUACAGGACGUUAGUGGAAUUAUAAAGCCUUCAAGAAUGACUUUGUUAUUGGGACCCCCAAGCUCAGGGAAGACAACUCUGUUGUUGGCUUUGGCGGGGAAGCUUGAUCCAGAUCUAAAGGUUUCCGGGAGAGUAACUUACAAUGGUCAUGGAAUGGAUGAAUUUGUCCCUCAGAGGACAUCAGCCUAUAUCAGUCAACAUGAUCUCCAUAUUGGAGAAAUGACGGUUAGAGAAACCUUGGCUUUCUCUGCUAGAUGUCAGGGUGUUGGAGAGAGAUAUGAUAUGUUGACAGAGUUAUCAAGAAGAGAAAAGGCCGCAAAUAUUAAACCUGAUCCUGAUAUAGAUAUCUACAUGAAGGCAGCAACACUGGAGGGGCAGGAGACCAGUGUAGUUACAGAUUAUAUUCUAAAGAUUCUGGGAUUGGAUGUAUGUGCUGAUACCAUGGUCGGUGAUGAAAUGUUGAGGGGUAUCUCUGGAGGGCAAAGGAAGCGUGUGACAACUGGGGAGAUGCUGGUUGGACCAGCAAGGGCACUUUUCAUGGACGAGAUAUCUACUGGUUUGGACAGUUCAACAACUUAUCAGAUUGUCAGUUCACUAAGGCAGUCCAUACACAUCCUGAAUGGGACUGCUGUCAUCUCCCUCCUCCAGCCAGCACCUGAGACAUAUAAUCUUUUCGAUGACAUCAUUCUCCUUUCAGAUGGACAGGUUAUUUAUCAGGGCCCCCGUGAACAUGUGCUUGAUUUCUUUGAAUCUAUGGGCUUCAAAUGUCCAGAAAGAAAAGGAAUUGCUGACUUCUUACAAGAAGUGACAUCAAAGAAAGAUCAGAAACAGUACUGGGCUCGUAAACUUAAACCAUAUAGAUUUGUCACUGUUAAGGAAUUUGCCGAGGCAUUCCAGUCAUUUCAUGCUGGCCAAAAAAUUAGUGAUGAGCUUUCAACUCCAUUUGACAAGACAAAGAAUCACGCAGCUGCUUUGACAACUAAAAAGUAUGGCGUUAGCAAAAAGGAGUUGUUUAAAGCUUGCCUGUCAAGAGAGAUCUUGCUGAUGAAGAGAAAUUCAUUUGUUUACUUCUUCAAGAUGGCACAACUUGCAAUUCUGGCUUUCAUCACAAUGACUCUCUUCCUACGUACCGAGAUGCAUCAAGAUGAUUCUACUGAUGGUGGAAUUUAUAUGGGUGCUUUGUUUUUUGCUCUUAUCACGGUUAUGUUCAAUGGAUUAUCAGAGAUUUCAAUGACAAUUGCAAAGCUUCCGGUCUUUUACAAGCAACGAGAUCUCCUCUUCUAUCCUGCCUGGGCAUAUUCACUCCCCACAUGGAUCCUCAAAAUACCAAUUACAUUUAUAGAAGUUGGCAUUUGGGUAUUCAUUACUUAUUAUGUCAUUGGAUUUGAUCCAAAUGUUGAAAGGUUUUUUAGACAGUACUUUCUACUCCUACUUAUCAAUCAGAUGGCUUCUGCACUAUUCCGUUUCAUUGGGGCAACAGGAAGGAAUAUGAUUGUUGCAAAUACAUUUGGGGCAUUUGCAGUGCUCACAUUUGUAGUUUUGGGUGGUUUUAUCUUGUCACGAAAUGAUGUAAAGAAUUGGUGGAUAUGGGGUUACUGGAUUUCACCAUUGAUGUAUGGGCAGAAUGCGAUAUCAGUAAAUGAGUUCCUAGGGAAGAAUUGGAGACAUGUUCUUCCAAAUUCAACAGAACCACUUGGAGUGACUGUUAUUAAAUCCCGUGGGUUCUUCCCAGAAGCACAUUGGUACUGGAUUGGAGUAGGGGCAUCAAUUGGAUAUAUGUUCCUGUUCAAUUUCCUUUACACUGUGGCUCUACACUAUCUCGAUCCAUUUGGGAAGCCUCAAGCAGUUCUACCAGACGAAGGAGAAGCAAGAACUGGAGAAGAUAAUGAAUUAUCCUCCCUAGAAAUGACCUCCUCUGGUCAUACCACAUCUGGAGAACAACAAGAUGGAAUUAUAAGAGUUGCAUCCGAGUCUUCAUCUGCAAGGAUCGAUGAGGUUAAUCAGCAUAAAAAGCGGGGCAUGGUUCUUCCAUUUCAGCCACUUUCCAUCACUUUUGAUGAAAUUAGAUACUUCGUGGACAUGCCACAGGAAAUGAAAGAUCAAGGUGUUACUGAAGACCGCUUAGAACUUUUGAAGGGUGUUAGUGGCUCUUUCAGGCCAGGAGUCCUAACAGCAUUAAUGGGGGUUAGUGGUGCUGGUAAGACAACCUUGAUGGAUGUAUUGGCUGGAAGGAAAACUGGUGGGUAUAUAGAGGGAAACAUCACCAUAUCUGGCUACCCCAAGAAGCAGGAAACAUUUGCCCGGAUAUCAGGAUAUUGUGAGCAGAAUGAUAUCCACUCUCCCCAUGUUACUGUUUAUGAGUCCCUUCUAUAUUCAGCUUGGCUCAGAUUACCAUCUGAUGUUGAUUCUUCAACAAGAAAGAUGUUCAUUGAGGAGGUCAUGGAACUGGUGGAAUUAAACCCAUUGAGGGGGGCAUUAGUUGGGUUGCCUGGGGUGAAUGGUCUUUCAACUGAGCAGCGUAAGAGAAUGACCAUUGCAGUCGAGCUUGUUGCAAACCCCUCUAUAAUCUUCAUGGAUGAGCCCACAUCAGGGCUUGAUGCCCGGGCUGCUGCAAUUGUAAUGAGAACAGUGAGGAACACUGUGGACACAGGAAGAACUGUAGUAUGCACCAUUCACCAACCAAGCAUUGAUAUUUUCGAAGCUUUUGAUGAGUUAUUUCUAAUGAAGCGAGGAGGAGAAGAAAUAUAUGUUGGUCCAUUAGGGCGUCAGUCCUGCCAUUUGAUCAAGUACUUUGAGGGAAUUGAAGGAGUAAGCAAAAUCAAAGAUGGUUAUAAUCCUGCUACAUGGAUGUUAGAGGUAACUACAAUGGCACAAGAAGAAAUUUUAGGGGUAAACUUUGCCGAGGUGUACAAGAAUUCAGAACUUCAUAGGAGGAAUAAAUCUUUAAUUCAAGAAUUAAGCACUCCUCCUCCAGGCUCAAAAGACCUUUACUUCCCUACAAUGUAUUCACAAUCUUUCUUCACUCAAUGUAUGGCUUGCCUAUGGAAACAACACUGGUCAUACUGGCGCAACCCACCAUAUAUCGCAGUGAGAUUUAUCUUCACAACAUUUAUAGCCUUGCUGUUUGGUACAAUAUUCUGGGAUCUCGGCUCCAAGAGGUCAAGGCAACAGGAUCUAUUUAAUGCAAUGGGAUCUAUGUAUGCUGCCGUUCUUUUCCUUGGGAUACAAAAUGCCUCCUCUGUUCAGCCAGUCGUUGCAGUAGAACGAACAGUCUUUUAUAGAGAGAGAGCAGCUGGAAUGUAUUCUGCCUUACCUUAUGCCUUUGGACAGGUGAUGAUUGAAAUUCCACAUAUCUUUGUACAAGCAGUGGUAUAUGGGGUCAUAGUCUAUGCCAUGAUUGGAUUUGAAUGGACUGCUGCCAAAUUCUUUUGGUAUCUCUUCUUUAUGUACUUUACCUUGCUAUACUUCACAUUCUAUGGGAUGAUGGCAGUGGCUGUAACUCCAAACCACAAUGUUGCUGCCAUAGUUUCUUCUGCAUUCUAUGGAAUAUGGAACCUUUUCUCAGGAUUUAUAGUCCCGCGAACAAGGAUGCCUGUGUGGUGGAGAUGGUACUAUUGGAUUUGCCCGGUUGCCUGGACAUUGUAUGGAUUGGUUGCUUCUCAGUUUGGAGAUAUACAAGACAAGAUUGAAACAGAUCAAACAGUGGAGGAGUUCCUUAGAAGUUACUUUGGGUUUAGACAUGACUUUUUAGGUGUGGUUUCAGCAGUGAUAAUUGGCUUUACAGUGCUCUUUGCAUUCAUCUUUGCCUUCUCGAUUAGAGCAUUCAACUUCCAAAGGAGAUGAAGGAGAUAUUAUAUGCAGUAUUUUUUUUUUCAGUAUAAACUAAGGGUUGAAGUAUUUGUGGAGUUUUAUUUUUUUAAUUCAUUUGUUUGUCACAUCUUAAGAUGCAUUAAAGCUUUUUAAUACCUUGUAUUUUUUUGUUUCAUGGUCUCCUUGGCACUCAAAAAGCCAGGUUUCCAUUUCCAUUACACAUUCAAAUAAAGUUUGAUUAAUAGAAAAGUUUAUCAUGAGUCCUA